UCAGCAAGGUGAUGGGAUCGCAGUGCAAGAAAUCCGCCAUGUUUGCCCUCUUGUGUUUUCUUUAGAAAUCUCGGUGUAUAAACCAAAUUCGGAGGAAUAAUGCAAGCAGGGCAGAAGCUAGGCAUUGUGUAUAUCGGCAAGGCUGGUGGUAAGCAUAAAUACUCUUUGCUGGAUGAAAAAGACAUCCAUCUUGUGAAGAGAUUCAGAUUUGAGGCAAAAGUUGAUGUCAACAAAGAUGGUAAUGGAGCUAAUAUAUUUGCGUAUGCAUUUGACUUGUCAAGAGAAGAAACAAAUGGAUGUUAUUUUCAUGAGUAUAUCUGGGAACGACACUGUGGUGGUGUUGCACCAGGCUUUAGAGUUUCUCACAAAAAUGGUGUUACAGUGGACAACAGAUUAAACAACUUGUGUGUGGUACCUUCAUCAGCAAGCAAGAACUCAAAAGUACAAUUAUUUAGCCGUGCAGAAAGUGCCAGUAAUAAUAAUUGUGGAAGUGAACCAAGAGAAGAUCAAAGAUUAUACUGGAUGGCUGUAUCCAGAUUACCACCAUUUGAAGCUGAACAUGAGCAUUUUAUGAAUUUAAACUACAAGUGUUAUAAUGCUAAUGGGGAACAAGUUAUCGAAGAAGAUGACACAUUGUCCUUUUAUGAAUGCCAUUAUCCCCCAUGCUGUAAAAUUGAAACUGAACUUCGGGAGUUCAGUAUCUGUGGACAGUGCCAACAAGUACGAUACUGUGGAGCUCUUUGUCAAGAGAGAGACUGGCCUUCUCACAAGAAGUACUGCAAAGAAAAGGCAAAGCAGAGAAUUAGUUAUGAUGUGUAUCCAGACCGCUAGACUGCAGCAGUUAUCUAGUUCCACUAAUUGCUGUCUUGUAAUAUACCGAACGUUAGUCAAUUUACUAGGUUUAUUUUGUUUUUGUCUCAUUGCUGCCUUUUCUAGUCUUAACCAGCACCUUUUCACAGUAAUUUCUUAAUUCAUAUAGUGUUUAUUUAUAUUUAAAGUGUUUAUUUAGGAGAUUAGAGUAGUCCAUUUUAUACCUUCUAAGCCUGUGUAGAAAGGUUAGACUAGACCUGAUGUUGUCAAUGUCAACUUAAAAUCACUUUCACUCCGAGGUUUGGUUACAAUUCAAAUACAUAUAUGCAGUGUAUCCAUAAAUAAGGGGUUUGUAAAAGAAGACUCUUAGAUGGUUGUAUUAUUGUUUCUCAGUUUUUAACCAGUGCAAACCCAAGUCCUCAAGUUAAAUUUCAAGGUCAAAUCAGAAUUUAUUGUUAAUGACAUAUUUUUUUGUAUGUUAAAUAAUUCAGUCGAUAAAUAUUGAUUUCUGAAAUACUCACAGGUUAAAACAAUUGUAUUUUGCUGACUGAGUACUUGGAAUUUGUGUUUUCUUGGAAUUAUAUACUUGCAUUUUCAGUUUCCUAUUUUUCUCUAAGGUUUAACUUUAGUACAGAUUACUUGACAUACGAUUAUGUUGAACUUGUCACUAUAACUUUCAGAAUUAUGGCAUAUGAAUAUUGUCUUGUUGCAAGGUUAUUUUUUAGAGAAUAAAUGGACUUGAUAUUUUAUUCUGGGAGAGGAAUGACUAGAGAUUAUCAAGAACUGUCAGACAAAGAUAUUCCAACGUGACAUAUUUCAAUUUGGACAAGUAUCAACACCCUUUUUAGCUUUCGCUGACUGCAAAACUUCAAAUUAUGAGGAAAUUACAGACUUGCACAAAAAAAAUCAUCUGCUUGGUCUUUCUGUUGAACCAAAGCCAUAUUAAAUUGGUCAUUUGUACCAAAAGCUAUGUGUUUAAAACUAUUUGAGGCUAGAAAUUAUUGUAAACAAUGUGUGACAGAAGUUGAUACCUUUUGGUCCAUGAAAACCUGGUUGUAUAAGAAAUUCAGUGGCACCUAACUUCAGCCAUUAUACUGAGGUUUACUUCAAAUGAAAUAAAAUAUUAUUGUUUACUGAA